AUGGCCGCUCUGCCGAGUUCAUGGGACUACGUCUUGCAUUUUCUCCUACGAUUCUUGCGGCGCCUGACUGGUAAUGGAUUCUGCAGCCCUUCUCUCACCUGUUUGUUCGCUAAUAAACUUAUCAUAGGAUCAAAUGUUUCGUGGAACCCCGAUAAUGAGUACAAAUGGAUCAAUAGUCCGAGAACGUCCGACGCGUCUGUAAAGCCGUUUGUUGACUGGAUCAGCCUCGAACGGCUCUUUACAAAUCCUGGAGAAGUUGGCCGCAGCAUUUUGCACCAUCUGGAGACUGUCGCCUAUGGGCCGCUAGAGUCGCGCCUGUAUACGACGACCGACGAUGCCUGGUAUGGCAACCUGUAUCUCGUCGACUUUGAAAACAGCCACAGCCUCGAGGGACCGUGGAGGGUGCCCUUGAUGGCUGAAUUCGUGUUGGAAUACGACGAAACGGACGGCAUUGAUGACUUCUUCCGAGAAUUCAAAGAGCGAGUGUCUGGGACAACCCCCAUUGACUUUGACUUCACUUUCACAACAAAGCAAGGAUACGCUGCUCUGGUGACCGAUCCCGAGGUUCCCGUCAACCGCUGCACCCUCAACUGGUGCAAGGUGUUUUACACAUACCUGCUACAUUGGGCGCUGGCAAUGCGAAAUAAUAGUCUGGGGGCGAGACUUUACCUCUCUCUGAAGUCACUACUCGACAACAAGGAGGUUGCAGAUGACACAAUGGCGGUAAACCGUGCGCUGUGGCAGGCCCUUGCUGCAUUCAAUCAUCCUGUUGAGAUGCAAAAGGCGUUGACCCGGUCGGACACAUUUCAAUCUCCCACGGGUCACCCAACACGACCUGACACGAAGCUGCCAGCAAAAUCAGAAGAUAAAAUACCGGUGUACCCUCCAUCACAGACUCAAACACAUUUGGUUAAGUUGUCACCACACCGAUCUCCGCAGACCCAGCCACUGCCAUCAACUCAACCGCCACGUACCCAAUCAUCAUCGACUGUUGCACAUCCAAGUGAACCGCUGCCUACGACGGAAUUAUCUGAUAAAGCAAAAGGAAAACGACCGAUGCGAUCUCAGUCACCAGCAGGUGAAGGACCGGCAUUUGACGAUAAGCUGGAACGAUUUAUAUCACAGCAUCCGGAGAAGGCUGCAACUGCAUCACCACUCAAGAAAAUCCGAACGGGCACGGGAACCCAAAAUAAUGUGAGAAGAACGCCAGCUGAAGUUAUCGAUACACAGAUAUCUACAGAGGUCUCUGGAUUUCAACCAAUCAACGCAUCAAGGACAAGCAGUCGAUCUGCCAAGGACAUACGACGAGCCCCUCCGCAAGAGACCAGGAGGUUUGCACCUGUGAGGGCUUCCAGCUCUUCAUACUCCUCGGAAUCAUCUAACAGUGAGGGAAACGGAUUGAAAAGAAGGCAACCGCAACGGCAGGCUUCCCAAAGACCUACCUACAGUUUGGAAUCGCCGGAUGAAUAUGAGACUACCUCGAGGCGGAAGAGACGAUUGUCGUCUACUGAUGAUUCGGACUACAACCCACCUCCGUAUAUGUCUGGAGGGUUGACGUGA